AGAAGAUACAUCUGAGUGGUGUGAGCAGUCGUUUAUUGAAAUAGGAAAUAAAGGCCAAUAGGCGUUGAGAUAAGAGAAAAAGUUUCUAAAUUGGGAAAUGAAUCAGAAUCAUACAAUUACAAUGAACUCUCAACAAAUGCAAAGACGUCCUUACAUCAACUCAAGAGGUGGUGCAAUAUCGCGCAACAUGAAUCACCGACUACAGCGAUUUGGACAACAACAACAGUCUCAUCACAAUCAUCGUGGAAACGGAGGAAAUGGUAACAACCAGAACAAGGAUCUCAUAGAUUGCUUCAAUAGCAACAACAACUCUCAUGGUGAGAAUGGAAUUAAUCUUGAUAGUUCACAUCAAAAAGAUAACUUUUUAAUUACCACCAGCCAUUCAAUUGAUAAUUUCAAUAAUAAUAAUAAUUUGAACAAUUUAAAUUCAUAUGCAAAAUCAACGACAAUUACAUCAACGAAUGUUUCAACACCAAACCAAUCGCCAUCACCAACCGCACAUUAUCAUCGGCAAUCGCCCCCAUCUUUGGAACAUCAACUUCGUAUUUUCAUACCGAACUAUGAUGAUUUAUUGGACAAUAUCAGAGGCCAACAACCGCACUCGUCUAGAGCUGGUGGCUCAGGAAUGUCGUCGGAUCGAAGGAACAUGAUGGGUGAUCGUAGAAUGAACUCUUCAAUGAUGGAUCGUCAGAUGAACCAUUACGACUCUUCGUCAUCGUCACAUCGCAACAACGAUAUGAUGGAUAAUCGUUCAUCGGAUGGACAUAGAAAUAAUCGUGAAAGAAUCAGUCCCCAUUCAAGUAAUUAUCAGGACGGUAGUAAUCAAGGAAAUGGCCCCAAUAUGAAAACUGAUAGUCCGUCGAGAAAACGUCGUCGUCUUCAAAGAAUGCCGAGUCAAUCGCCACCAACAAUAUGGGAAAAUAACAACAACAAUCAAUUGAUGAAUCAAAAUCAAAAUCAAUCAAAUCAGAAUAAUUAUCAUCAUCAUCAAAAUCGACGAUUAUCACCACGUCAUUAUCAUAAUAAUGGACAACAAAAUUCACCGCCAAUUCGCCGACAACGAUUUAGAGAUCAACAGCAGCAGCAACAGCAGCAACAACAGCAGCAGCAAUCACAACCACCACGUCCUUGGGACAUGAACCCAACGACAAUAUUCCAACAGCCAUCACCACCACACCAUGCACAUCCCCAUCAUCCUCAUUCCCAACAUUCAUUGAUGGUUGAGAUGAAUCAUCAAGUUCCCGUUAGCUUACCGCUUAGCCAUGAACAAAUUUGGACCUACCCGGCGCCACAUAUUUCAAUUUAUUUUCAUCUUUCAGCUCCCGCCGCUCCACAUUUGCCGCCACAAUGUCAAGUGCACAAUGUUUAUUCGCAGCCAUUUGCUCAAGCCUGUAAUCUGAAUGGCCAUCAUUUCAUGCAACCACAUACUCAAAUAACAGCGACACCACAUCAUCAGCCACAUUUUCAGCAUUUGGCGCAACAGGGCGCCCAUGGAUUGCAUAUGGAUGGAAUUGAUCAUGUUACGCCAUUAACACAUUUCAAUUCGACACAAAUGGCACAAAUUUCCCCACCGCAACCCAUCUUUAUUUCAACUGAAGGUCGACCAAACCAAAUGGAACUUUUACAUCGAACUGCUCGUCGAAUAACAGCAGCAAGAAGAAACUUUACUCGCUUUCAUUGGUCGCCAACACAUGCGCCACCACAUCCACAUGCCAGACAUCCAAUACAAGCACAAAUUCCACACCAAACUCCUUUGCCAUUGCAAACAGCAUCAGCUUAUUCAGGAAUUUUGUUAAAUUUCUUAGCCAUGUUCCCAUUAUCACCAUAUGGACAACCCGAAACAUAUUCUCCAGAUUCGAAUGAAACUGAAAACUAUGAAGCACUUUUGAGCUUAGCUGAGCGACUUGGAGAAGCGAAACCUCGCGGUUUAGGUCGAUUAGAAAUUGAGCAAUUACCAAAUUAUAAAUUCAAUGCUGAAACGCACACUGGAGAUCAAACUUCAUGCGUGAUUUGUAUUUGCGACUUUGAGCCACGCCAAACAUUACGCGUGUUGCCCUGUUCACACGAGUUUCACGCAAAAUGUGUUGAUAAAUGGUUGCGGUCGAAUCGAACAUGUCCAAUCUGUCGUGGCAAUGCAUCGGAUUAUUUUGAAAGUAGUAGCGAAGAGCAAUAAACUUCAUAAUGUAUAAAAAAAGUUCUGUUUCGUGAAACUAUAAAUGAGAAACAUGAAACAUGAAUGACAUACUUACAUAGUUGCAUGAAACACGCGAAAUUGUCACAAGCCAGAAAAUAGAAGUCGAGGAAGGAAGAAGAAUCAUGGAAACGGCCCGCACGCUGUCGUUGUCGUAUACGUUUAAUCAAUUUUGAUUGUUAUAUUAAAAUAAUUAAUUCACAACUCACUCAUACACACAAACAAACAUAGGAUAAUACGCCCACAACUACAAACAUACUCGCGAAGCUGUUACUGGCAGAACACGAGAAAUGUUUAAUUAUAAAAAAUUAAUAACCUCAUGAUUACAUCGCUCGAAAAAGCAAAAAAUCCUUAAAAAAAAAGAAAAAGCUUUUCACUUACAGAACACCCGAAUCGCGAUAAUCUUGAUGGUGUCAGUUAAGUCCGAGGAUUCAUAAAUGUUGGAAAUAAUUAUUGCUGCUUUCUGAGUGACUUUUUUCCCUCAAGCAUUUUUUUUAUUUAAUUUAAAUUCGUAAAAAGCGAGUCGUGUUGCUAUGGGAUAUUUGCUUCGCGAAAUGUGGGCCUGCAAAAGUUUCUCGUUUUAAUAUGGUGUCAUUUAUUGCCCCUCCGAAUGUUUCUAAUAAAUAUUUAAUAAAUUUUGCUCCCAUUUUCUUCGAAUUCAGUUUUGAUGUUUCCAAAAAAGAGAAAAAUUUAAUGAAAUCGAAAAUCUCCAUGUUUUAGUGUCACAGAAGGUGAGUGACACGAUAGAAUAUUGAAAAUAAAAAGUAGAGCCACUUCAAUUGCGUGAUAUUUUUCUACUUUAUCUCUCGUUUCUUUUUUCUAAAAUAAAAACUAAGUAUGAUGAAAUGCACCAACCAAUGAAUGUGUUUUUGACGUGCGUGUAUUAAUAAUAAACAUUUUUACUUUCUGUGUUUAUCGCCUCAAACUCCUCAAAUCAGAUGCAACUGAUUAUAACCAAUGGCAGGCCAAUAGAAUUUGUUUUUUUUUUUGCUUUAAUUACAUACUUAAAUAAUAUAAAAUAAACAGAUUAAGAAUAUCUACAUAAACAAUUGCAUGGAGCCAAUUAAAAAAUAAAAAUUAAUUAUAAAUAAUAGUUGUGGCACAGUAACACAAAUAUCAAAAUAAGAUUCCAAACUUUUAUAUUUAAGUUCUUUGAAAAACUAAAACAAAAGUCAGAAAGAAAAGCUUGAACCAAGAAAAAUUAAUUAAAGAAAAUUAAAAUAAAUAACAAACAGUUAAGUCGUUAAGUGGAAAAAUAAGCAAUAAUAAAAGAAAACUUUAGUGAAAAAAGAAUGUUUGUCGCGUAAUUAAGUUCUUUUCUCUGACUUCUAAUCUAAAAUAACAUAAAAUCAUCAUUUUCCACCAUGAUAAGUGUCUUCCAACCAACGACUUUUGUACUUUUCCGAUACUAUUGCGGACUUUUCUCGUAGUUUUCCAAAGCAACGAAUAACUUGGAAUUAGAAUUGCAUGAAUUUUUCACAGUUGGAGAGUAUUCUGGAAAAUAAAAAUUAUCUUGAAAAUUAUUUAAUUCGACGAAUGGAUAUAAAUAAAUUUGAGAAAGAUAGCUUGCAUGUGACGUCGCAUGCCAUGAUACUUACAUACUCCAUGUUGUAUAAUUGAACACAUAAUGUAAGAAUAUUUUCGCGGCUCAUUUUCAACUUUCAUUUAAAGCUUUCAUCGAGUAGUAAAAAAUAAUUUUCAAAAUAGAAUUUCACGCUGUGAAAAAUACAAAAAAAAGAGAAUGAAACAGAAAUUGUAUUCACUCACCAUUUCGAUGUGCCAUUAAUUCACCACACGAGGAAAGUGCUUAGUUUUCCUCGACGUUUUAACGACAAUGAAAAAUGAUUUUUCCUUUUUUUACGUAAUUUUUUUUCUUUCUUAUCGUGAUUUUUUUCUUUCUUUUUCUCUUUAUAAUCAUUAUAUCGUUUGUUGAUGUUGGUGAUGGGAUAAGUUUAUACGCUCUAAGUAAAUAAAUAAUUGUUUCGACAUAAGUAACUUUUCGAAUUAUGCUUAAUGAAUUCCAAUUUUCUUUUAGAACGCAUUUAUAUCAAAUCAAGACGCUUUCUGUUAAUCUUACUUGUUUAUUAGUUAGCUUUUUUAUGUAAUUCUCACCUUAUUGUGUCUUACUUUAAAUGCAAUAUUCCUUAAGUUUUAAUUUCAUUGAGAAUUUCUUUUACUUUCCGUAUACUUUGAUAGCUUUGGGUGAAAAUGUGAUUAAACUAAUUACCAUUUUUUUUAAUGUUGUAUCUACUUGUUUAAGUAUCUUAAAAUGUUAUUAAAAGGACGAAGAAAUUAUCUUUAAUCUGCUUUGAAAAUAAAAACAAAAAGACGAAAGCAAAUAAAGAAGUAAACAAAAUUUGAUUUUAUUUCAUUUUGUUUUUUAUUUUUUAAUAUAAAAUUCUGCUUUUUUCAACCUCCAUUUUUUAUUACUUUAGUUAAUCAUUUUCUUUUGCUUGUUCUUCACUUUAAUAAAAGAAAUAUUUUCAAAGAAUUGUAUCAUUUGAGUAUCUACAUAUUUGAAUAAGUGAGAGAAAUAAGUUGAUUAUGAUGAA